AUGACUGAUAGAAAUGGGUAUAAGAGCCUAAAUUCUGAUUUAUCUCCUUUACAACCUCGUAGAAUGCAAAUGAAAUGAUUUGUGUCCCAAAAUGUUUCCACUUCGGAUUCUCCAGUUACAAAAUGAUCGAGAGGGGCUACUUUGGUGAUUAAGCCAAUUAAGUUUUCUCCUAAGAAAGAGCUGAAGCUAAAUAGUACCCAACUCAGCCUCACAAUGGAAGGUAGAGAGAAAAAAUUCAGAGGCAUCCGUAGAGCAUUGAACAAUGGAACUAGACAAAAGCUUAUAAAACUAAGUAACAUAAUCCAAAACUAAUCUGAACAAACACAAAAGUUUACAAAACAGCCCCAUCAUUAUAA